AUGGCCGUGUUGCAGCACAAAACAGGAAACCUGCUUUAGGAUUUUUUUAGUUUCACAUUGGCUCUCUGCGGUUGACGACCUCCUGUUGAAUCAUGAAACACUCAGCUGUAAUAAUUCUCACACUCCACAGCUUCUGCACCUUCACACAGGCCAUCCAUGAAGUGACAACUGUGGUGGCCUGCUCUAACAUAAAUAACACUGUAGUGCAGACUGAACUGGAUGGUGACGAGCUCUUGUAUGCAGACUUUGACAAAGAUUAUUUUGUUUUCACUCUCCCUUCAUUUGUGCAAAUAGAUCCAAGUUCUUAUUCUGACGUUACUUCAUUUAACAAUGCAAAAAAAGGUAGAAAAGCAUGUCCUGCUAUUGUGGCAUUAGCCACAGCAGAGGAAAAACAUCCCCCUGAAGAGAAAGAUCCCCCGGAGACCAUCAUCUACCCUGCAGAAGAAGUUGAGUUAGGUGUGGAAAACACUCUUGUCUGCUUCGUGAAUCAUUUCUACCCACCUUACAUCGAAGUCACCUGGACUAAAAAUGGUGUUCCAGUGAAAGAAGGGGUCACUCUGGGUCAAUAUUAUCCCAACGACGACCAAACCUUCCACCAGAUCUGCUCCUUGACCUUCACACCAAACAAAGGGGAUGUUUACAGCUGCACGGUGGAGCACUUAGCCCUAGAGAGGCCUCUUUCAAGAACAUGGGAACCUGAAUUCAGUGAACGAAGUCCUGGACCAGACAUUUUCUGUGCAGUGGGCCUGGUAUAUGCCUUUUUUGGUAUAGCAAUUGGAACGUUUUUGUUUGUCAAAGCGUAUCACCUCAGGCAACUUCGUAUUAUUUAAUAAAACCUUUCCACAAGGUCAGUGCUUGGCAGAUCUACAUUUUAGCACUGAGGUAAAAAUAUUUGUUUUGCAACACAAAAAAAUUGAACUAUAUUGAUACCAUAUUUGGGAAGUUUUUGUGUUAAAAGCAGAUAUGCUAUUAGCAUAGGUCUUCCCUAUUAGCUUCCGCCACACAGGAGAGAUGGUUAUAACUGUUUGCAAGAUGUUUAUGUUUAAAUGUUGUAUUAAAUGUUGUGCGUGGUAUGUUUCAGAUUUAUUAAACAGAAUUUAUUAAAAUUUAAUAAAUUUUAAAAAUUAAUUUAUUAAAAGAACCACUGUUCUUUAAGACAAGUGAAAAUUAUGAAUUGAAUUAUAAGAGAUGUAAUGAAAUACAACGCCAGCAUGAAAAAAAUUAAAUUUUGACUCUAUAAUAUAUGUCUCUUAUAAUUAUAUAAAUGGGAAACAUUGUGUGUGUCAACUUUUGUGACAAUAUAAAAUAUGAUGCAGAUGGAUGGAUCUGAUGAUGCAGAUGGAUGGAUGGAGAGGUGACUCAUGAAAGUUUCGUAUCUGCUUCACAAUUUCUUUUGGAAAUUAAUAAUAAACAACGUUUUGUUUGUG